AUGGAAAGGAUCAUGAAUGGAGGACAGAGAGGUGAGGGGAACUGCACUCUUUAAUUGAUAUCUUUACCUCAAUCACCUCGUGGUCACUCAAGGUUUACGAGUGUUUUUCAUAUUGUCUAUCCUUAAUAAAAAAUAAAUAGUAAUAAACAUAUUUACUGUCCUUUUUCUUUCCUCAUUAUCUCUCUCUCCUCUCUCUCUCUCCAGUAGAUGUAAAGGAAUCCGCUGGGACUAGUUGCUCUUCCUCCUCUUCCUCCUCCUCCUCCUCUCCCCCUGGCCCGCUCUCUGCCCCUCCAGCUCUGGGCCUCAACCCCCCCAUGCCCCAGCUGUCCCUCACCGUGGCUGAGCUGGAGGCCUCUCAGAUGGCCAACAGCCACCCUGUUCCUGUCCCUGUCCCUGUCAAGGCCAGCAAGAUGCCAAGUGAAGGUACUCCAUACACACUGUGAUAGAAAAAGAGACUGUCAUAAAUACUAUCUCUAAUAAAAUGUAAAUUAAGUAUUUAUUUUAGCAGUACAUGAAAAAACAAAAACCAUACAGAUGCAUAAAUAAACCGUGAGAACAUGAAGCGCUCUUCACCGACAUGCUCUGAUUUUGUUGUUGUAGUUCUCGAGGCCUCUCCAGCAGGGUGCUCCACCACCCAACAGAGCCCUAGCACCUCCUCCAGUCUGCCUUCACCCCCUCCCUCCUCCUCUGCUGCUAACCACCUCCCCCUGCUACCGGGGGGCGACACCGAGGACGACGAGGGCAUGAAACACCUGCAACAGGUAAGAACAGUACAAGUCUGGGGGCCGGUUUCCAGGACCCAUUUUAAGCCUAGCUCUGGACCUCUUUGGUUUGGUGUAAGACAGUUGAUGGUCUGAAACACUCCAGUCUCAUUAUGUAGUAAUAUUUCUGGUUAAGGAGCUAGUCGUUUUGGAAGAACCAUUGGUAAGAGUUGUAGAUGUUUAAUGAACCAUCCUGUGUGCAGGAGGCAGAGAAGAUGGUGGCGUCCCUGCAGGACACGUCUUUAGAGGAGGAGAGCUUCACUCAGACGCUGCAGGACGGCAGAAACACAGCGGCAGCACUACCACUCUCCCACGACGCUGCCAUGAAGUGGUUCUACAAGGACCCCCAGGCAGAGAUCCAGGGUAAACACACACUGUUGCAACAUACAUUGAUACAUAGGCCUACAUGUGGGCAGACGCAAACAAUCACAUGUACACGUACAAAACCACACACAGGAAAUCGCACAUCCCUAGGCAACAAGUGGCACCUCUCAACUCUGCUACCUCUUCUCACCCUCUUUCCCCUCACAUCCUCCUCCCUCUCGCCCUCUUUUCUGCUUUACCUUCACUUUCUUUUUUUGUCACUUCUCUCCCCAUCCUCCCCCUACCUCUACUCUCUCCCCCCUCCUCUCCCCACAGGUCCAUUCACCACCCUGGAGAUGUGUGAGUGGUUCCAGGCGGGCUACUUCUCCAUGUCUCUGCUGGUGAAGAGGGGCUGUGACGAGGGCUUCCAGCCGCUGGGUGACGUCAUCAAGAUGUGGGGACGUGUGCCUUUCGCACCCGGGCCCUCCCCGCCGCCCCUGCUGGUGAGGCCUCCACCACCACGCCCUCAGCUGCUGCCGCCCCGGGGGUCUGCUGUGAGUGAAAGAGCUGUGGAUAGGGAUGGGGUGGUGGAGGGAUGGGAGGAGGGUAUGUGGAGUUUGCUGAAGGAGAAACAUAAUGUUGUGGUUUAUGGAGUGAUUGUGGAAUGUAAACUAGUGAAGAUUUACUGCCUUGAAUGCUAUAACUUGUUUGUUUAUUUUUAGAGCAGUGCUAUUAUAAUAAUAAUCGAAGCCCUUCAGCAGACUCUUUUAUCCAAAGCGACUUAGUCAUGCUUUCCGCAAUGCUCUAGUGCCCUCGAACUCAACUCGGAAUUGUAGGGUUUUCUCUAGCUGUGUUGUAUGAGAUUACUGUGUGCUUGCGUACGUGCUUGUGUUUUUAAUUCUGAUCUGUGUAUGCAGCUCCUACGUGUGUGUGAUUUUCCCCUGAAUAUAUCCUGUGUGUUCCUUACCGUCUCCUCUCAGGGUAACAUGGAUCAGGACCGUCUGAAGAAGCAGCAGCAACAGGACCUGGCAGCAGCAACCCUCUAUCAACAGCUCCAGCAGCAGCAGCAGCUAUUCCAGCUCAUCAGCAGGUGUGUGGGAUCAACAUGCACUACAUAGGAAACAAUUACACAUGACGUUUGUGUGGAAGAUGGAAUUUGAAACUAAGCAAAGUGGAGCCACUCAAAAAAAUAUGUGAAAAUAUUUGAGUGAGAGCUGGGUUGACUUAUGCACACAGGAAAGUCUCCCCCGUCUUUUAUCUGCAUUUUUCUAGAAGUUUCCAUGUCUUGUAAGUCUCUUGCUUUUCUGUCCUAGGUGCGGAGAGCAGGGUAUCUUGCCUUCGGUGAACAGGUCGAUGUCAGUGCCAGAUACAGGGUCCAUGUGGGACAUGCAUACCUCAGCUUCACAGCAAUCAGGUACACACACACACACACACACACACACACACACACACACACACACAUAUGCUACAGUAUAGUGUGGAAUGACUCUGCGACACUCUUCUGUCCAAUCAGGCGGUGAAGCCAGUUUAUGGGACUUAACAAUGAAUUCUUCAACUCAGGGUCCAACUCUCGAACAGCUUCAGAAGGUGAGUGAUGGCGCCCUCUGGCUGUGGGAAUCUAGUAGCGCAUCUCCAUGCGCUUGUCAAAAUGGAAAAACUAUUUCUAGUUGAGUAGAACCCAUAAGGACAGUACAGCCCAUAACAUCCCUUUUGCCACUUUUCAUUUUGAACUUUGUCUUUGAAAAUAAAGUAAUCUGUAUUCCACCCUGACCCCCUAUGACCUUUGCCCCCUGACCCCUGGGCAGCUCCAGCUGGAGAGGAGAGAAGCUGAACUCAGGGCGAAGCGUGAGGAGGAGGAACAGCGCAAGAGGAGGGAAGAGAAGAGGAGGCAGCAGGAGGAGCAGAAGAGGAGGGAGGAGGAGGAGAUCUUCAGACGCAAACAGGUGAGAGAGACAGAGGAGGAGAUUUACUUUAUCUAGCUCUAUCUCACAAGGGGCAAUUGUGAGGGGCGGUAGUUUGAUUGCCGUCUCAGCGAGUGCUGGCUGUGUGUCUCUGACGUGUGUGUUACCAUCUUAUGUUGUACCAUACCCUUAUACUGUGUGUGUCUCCCUCCAGUGUCGCCAGCAGCAGGAGCUGAUCAUGAAGCUGCUCCAGCAGGGCUCAGGCUCCGGGGUGGGAUCAGGCUGGGGCACUGGGGCCCUCAACAAGCCAGGGGCCAAGGGCCUCAGUCUGCUGGACAUGCAGGAGGCAGAGAGGCUUCUUAAACAGCAGCAGAGAGCCCAGCAGCAGCAGAGAGAACGUGUAAGUAGUUACUAAAAGACCUACACACACUCACACACAGAAGAUGGCAAAAUAGCAAACGUAAUAGCAUAGACACAUGUACAGUGUUCUUCAGAAUUUAUGGGAUCACCCAAGUUCACUCUGCCUAAGAAAGCCUACUCAAAUAGCAAGAGAGGGACUGUGUGACCACAAAUGGGGAAAAAUGAGACGGUGCUGACACUCCCACAGAGCACUCACAUUGAGUGGCAGUGGAAAUGCUUGUAGAUACAAUGCAUUAGUGUAUUACAUUUAUGCUUUCUGUUGGUUUCCUAUCCACUCUGUUCUAGUAUUGAUGUUCCGUCUCCUUUCUCUCAACUCAGCACCAAGGCCUGUCCAUGGGGGGUUCCUCCAUGGGUCAGUGGGGGGACGGAGGUGCUGUCCCGGGGGGCCUGUGGGGAGGCGGAGGGGGGAUGGAGGGUAAGGCUGGGGGCGGCGGAGGCAUGGGUCUGUGGGACGAGGCGGUGAAGAACCAGACCAGAAGCAGCAGCAUGCAAGGUCUGAAGAACAGCCGCAGCAGCCCCUCACUCAGGUACUGACAACACACACACUGAGUAUACGAAACAUUAAGAACACCUGCUCUUUCCAUGACAUAGACUGACCAGGUGAAUUCAGGUGGAAGCUAUGAUCCUUAAUUGAUGUCACUUGCUAAAUCCACUUCAAUCAGUGUAGAUGAAGGGGAGAAGACAGGAAGGAUUUAUAAGCCUUGAGACAUGGAUUGUGUAUGUGGGCCAUUCAGAGGGUGAAUGGACAAGACAAAAUAUUUAAGUGCCUUUGAACGGGGUAUGAUAGUAGGUGCCAGGCGCACUGGUUUGAGUGUGUCAAGAACUGCAAAGACGCUGGGUUUUCCCCCAUGCUCACCAGUUUCCUGUUUGUAUCAAGAAUGGUCCACCACCCAAAGGACAUCCAGCCAACUUGACACAACUGUGGGGAGCAUUGGAGUCAACAUGGGCCAGCAUCCCUGUGGAAUGCUUUUGACAUCUUGUAGAGUCUAUGCCCUGACGAAUGGAGGCUGUUCUGAGUUCAAAAGGGAGUGACACUCGAUUCCUAAUGUCUUCCUACUGUUUGGUAUACUCAGUGUAUCUCUCUCUCUCUCUCUCUCUCUCUCUCUCUCUCUCUCUCUCUCUCUCUCUCUCUCUCUCUCUCUCUCUCUCUCUCUCUCUCUCUCUCUCUCUCUCUCUCUCUCUCUCUCUCUCUCUCUCUCAUGUCUUUGCUAUGUGUACCCUGUAUACUAGCUACAUAUUAGUCAUUAGGUGUGUGGGUUUUGAGUGUAAAACUCUUUCACUCACCUGUUCCUAUGAACAGUAAAUUGUCUAUGUGUGUUUACAUAUAGGGCUGCUCAGUGGAGAUUCUCUAUUGAAGAUGCUUUUUAGUCCAAACUUAAUCUGUGUCCGGGGAAUCAGCCCUUAAUGUGUGAAGUGUGUAUUUAACCUAUACCUCUUUGCCUCCCACUGCAGUGAGCAGUACAUGUUGAGUGUGUGUCUAGGUAUGUGUCUGUGUAUGUUUAAAUGUUAAACCUCUCUCCCUUUCUGUGUCUUUGUAUCUCUCCGUCUCCUCCCUCCCUGUAGUGAGCAGUAUAUGCUGAGCUGUAGGAAGCAGCGUACGGAUGAGGAGGACAAGCUGCUGAAGCUGCUGCAGGGCAUCAAGACGCCUCAGGAUGGGUUCACCACCUGGUGUGAACAGAUGCUGCACGCCCUCAACACCCAAGCCAACAACACCUCCUCUCCACUGGACGGUAGUCAAUGCUGUUUGUCCGAGUUCCUCUCUCUGGAUGUUAACUCACUUCCUUCUCCACACCUCCUGUCCCUAUUCAAGUAUCAAUAGUUCAGCGCUCCUCUUAUAUCACUCAAUCCCCCACCCUGGGCCCGGUUUCCCGAUUUAGCGAUGGAACGUAGGUUUAGGAGUGUUUUUAACGAUGCAUCAUAAAAAUAACGUCCGAAGACGUCACACGCUGUUUUCCCAAAAUGCCAUGCAGUGCACUUGUUACAAAGUGAAUCUUAACUGUGUCGUUACAGGAGCUGUCCCGUGCUGAAAAUGAUCCCAGAAUAUAGGCUAAAGAGCUCACUGUAGCUCUUAUGGCUUUUCAAAGUCGAUUUUGUUACACAAUACAGUUUUCCCAUCGAGAGAUGAAAUGUUCUGUAGCCUAUUGUGUUUUAAUACGUUCGCCAUAAUACAAUCAUAAGUGUGUUCUCAUGCUAUUUUGUAUGCAAUAUUUAUGUAAAGUCUGCGUUUCUUCAGUAUGUGUAAACUAUAGAAAAUAUCAACGUGACCUAAAAAUUUGGAUGACACCGGUUUUCGUAAUUGCUCAACAAAUCAUUGUAGCCUAAUGGCAGGCAGGAAUUGAGCUUUAAGUAGGCCUACAGAUAUUCUACAAUUAAAUUAUUAAACCAAUAAAAAUUAUUACAAUAAUUAAACAUGAAGUAGCAAGUUAAGCGACAUUGCCGUAUACCUAAUAUGUUGACCUUUAGGUUAUUGGUUAGGCUACAGUGAAAUUAUAAUCGUUUUGGCCUAAAAGAUACGUAUAUUUAAGCGGCUCAAUGGCCAAAUGGUUUAAUACUAGGUAGGUCUAUCGAUUGCACAUACAUGAAAGUGAUGUCAAUAUUUAGCCUAAUAAUCUAGCUAUAAUAUAAUUUGGUUCUCUCGGUUUUCCUAAAAAAAAAGGCAUCCUUGCUUCGCUUGUUUAUAAUAUUGCAAACUUUUUAGGCUAUUUAUGUUGAGAACUAUGACGUUUUCGGUGGUCACAGAGAGACAGAUAAACAUUUUCAUUCUAUGUUUAGCAGAGAUUUUCUGUGUGUAAAGUGACGCAGGAGGGCAAACAGUGAUCUAAAGAUGCACUUAGCUGUUCUAUAAGUGGUCUGAGGCAGGUGUUAGAUUACGAGUGAUUUUAAGUGCAACAUUAAUAAAGACAGUUUUGGGAAACGGCUCAGAAAUGUAAAGAUGCUCUUCCAUCGGUUCUAACGAUUAACUUAGCCUUAAGAUCAAUGUUCCCUCAAAAAAUGUUUGGCACUGAGCAAAUUUCAGGUCUGCUGAGCGCAAACUUUGUGAAAAUUCUGUGCAACUUCCAGCGCACGUUUACUGUGAACAAUGAGGCUGUACCCACUUUAAGUUACAGUUUAAACAGUGGUCAAGUAGGCUACUGUAGCUAUUUGAUCAUAAUGUAGGCCUACCAGAGUGGCCUACCAUCACAAACAAUGGAGAAAAUGUAUCCCAUAACAUUCUAACAUGGAAAUAGCUAUUCUAUCAUUCAGCCUACAGUAGCAGCCAAUGUGUGGUGUUCAAUGUAGACCUACAUUCAUGACACUUUUGAAAAAGACAUGCAGGGCUUGACAUUAACUUAUUUAUCCUCUUGCCCUUCAGAGAAGGAGUUGCCUGAAAAUGUGUUUGACGCAACAAACCACUUUGCAAAUAUAAUGCAUUAUUAUUCCCAUACCAUUAUUACAGUUAAUCAAGCAAAUUAUGCUACCCUCUCCCUAUUGGCUACUAAGCUUAUUCAAGCCUGUCUCAAAAUACCACACUGCCUCUUUUUAAGACAAAAAAAUGCUCUUUACCUGACUUGCUUUUCAAAGAAGUCUAGAAAUGUACACGUUUUGUGCUCUUGUAGGAAGUAAUCACUCCCCUAUUGCUGAUUACAAAUGAUCUAUAACUGAGCUAAUAACUCACUAACUAGCAAAGGAUAUUAACUACAUGUGCACACGUGUACAUGCAGCUCUUGCUUUGAUCUCAAAACAAGUGCAUCCACUCACGACCGUUCAUGCUGUAAACACAGUCCAGUUCAAAGUAAAUGGCGCAGAUCCAUAUAUGGCAAUGGCCUAUUUGCAUUUAGGCCUACUGCAGCUCUGAUUGGUUGUGCCGCACCGGUCUGUGUAGAGCGUGUCAAUGCAACAGAAUCCUACUCUGAUGCGUUCUGCCUACAACAGAAUCUCUUGCGUAGUUUGUUUUGUUUCGUUAUGUUGCAUUAAAAGUGGCUAAUAUUGCAUUGAUUCGAUCACAAUUGCCACAGUAAAGGGAAACGUUGAUAGUGUUUACUAAUCUCGUGCUUCUCUCCGUGAGCUGAUACUGUAUUUCUCGCUGCACACCCGCGGAGCUUAGAAGGAUUAUUGCUUAAGAUGUUUUGCGAAACCGGGCCCUUGUCUAUAACCUCGUUAAGUUUUUCCUCCCGAUCUUUCCAGAUUUGAGGCUUUCCAUUCCUUCUCUCUUUCUAUCGGUCUUUCUUGUCCCCAUGGUAUCUAUGCUUAUCUUAUCACCAUGUGUAUGUCCAGUGUCCACCAUCGUGGCGUACCUGAAGGAGGUGGAGUCUCCCUACGAGGUCCAUGACUUUAUCCGCUCUUACCUGGGAGACACCAUGGAAGCCAAAGAGUUUGCCAAGCACUUCCUGGAGCGCCGUGCCAAACAGAAACAGAACCUGCAAAGGCAGCAGCAGCAGGUACGUACUGUGUGUGUGUGUGUGUGCGCGUGAACUUCUAGCUUUGAGGAUGCCUUCGUUCAUAUAAUGAUCUGCCGCUCGCCCUGUCCUCUCGUCUUCACCCAGCUAUCAAAGGAAGUAGCAGGGCUGACCAUGAACAACUUCCCUCUGCCGGUAAGACCUGUUUCUCACAAGUGUCUCUGCUAUGCGUGACACACACAUUAGUGGAUCCCUCGUAACUCCUCCUCUCCUCCCCUCUGUCUCCAGGACUCCAUGCGGGGGGUGAGCCCCAGCACCCUGCAGUCCAUGUUCCAGGCGGCCCAGAUGGGGAAGGGAGGUCUGUACGACACCCAGGGGGGCAUGAAGAAGAAGAAACAGCCUGUGAUGCUGCACUCUGACCCCAGCAUCUUAGGUAGGACUGGCCUCUUCAGCCUAUUGACACCUGUUACAUAGUGUACUUAUUACUUCCAUACGUGUACCUGAAUAUGACCUGUGACCACUCAACUCCGGGAAACUGCAUACCUGAUGGAUGUUCUCAUUGGCUGCUGGGAGGCUGGUCAUAGCUCUUUGUCAUAACUGAUUUAACUGCUCUAUGCCUUCCUGAAAUUGCCCCUCUCCUCUUGCAUCCACCUCUACCCCCUCCUUUUCUCUUUCUCUCCCCCGUUUAUUUUUCUUUCCCUCCAUCUCUCUCCCGUCCUGACUCCAGGGUACUCAUACCACAACGCGGGCGAGCGUCUGAGCCUGAAUGAGAUGGAGAUGGUGGAGGAUUACUGA